AUGGAGACCCAGAAUGUGGGAAAUGAUGGGAAUGGAGAACAGACGACAGAACAGGAGAGGGAAGGAGCCUUUAAGGAGCCGGGUUGGUCGGAAGUCAGGAGGAGGAGAAGGCGGAGCAACUUGGAGGAGGAGGAUGGGGUGGGGACCACUCCCAACAAGAGGGGAACCCCCAGACCAAACAAGGGAAGGGCGGGUAAGAUCCCGGAGGGAGUCCGAAAUGUGAAGCAGACCAGGGCAGGUAACCUGCUCAUAGAGUUUGAUCAAGGAGCGGACUUGGAGGGACUCAGAAGGAAUUUGGAUGGGAAUUUGGGCCCGGAAGUCGAGGUCACUAGGCUCCAGAAAAUGAUGGACAUAGAGAUAAGAGGUAUAGAUCCAUCGGUUGAGAAGGAAGAGGUGUAUGAGGCGAUAAAAAGCGAGCUGGGACAUGAAGCCAGGGGGGUCAGGGUGAAGGUCUUCCGCACCGAUCCCAGGCUAAGCAGAGUGGCCGUGAUUGAGGGCCCUGCUGCCGAUAUGAGUCGACUCCUGAACGGAAGGAGAAUUUUGAUUGGCUGGACUGUUGUCACGGCACGCGAGAUUCCACGGCUGCUGCGCUGUUAUAAGUGCCACGCUAUUGGCCAUGUUGCGAGUGCCUGCAAUGUAACGGGCGAUAGAGAUGGCUUCUGCAGAAAGUGCGGAGACAGAGGGCACCAGAUGAGGGACUGCAAAAAUAAGACAAGGUGUAGGCUUUGUGUGGCAGAUGGUCUCCCACCGGACCAAGCGGGACACGUAGCGGCCUCGGUCCGGUGCCCGAGAUUGGCGCACGACCUGUUGUUGGUCGGAGCAGCGGAGCGAAGGGUGGACGUCGUAGCGGUUUCCGAACCCUACACCGUACCUGAGAGCUGGUUUAGCGACACUACGGGCAGAGCGGCGAUAUACAUCACUGGUGAAGGGCUAGAAAAAUGCAGACAGACGUCGAUAUUUGGCAGUGGUAACGGCUAUGUGGCAAUUAGCUACAACGACGUGGAAAUCGUCAGUGUUUAUGUGUCCCCUAAUGCUAGCCGUCAGGAGGUGGAGAAUGUGUUCUCGGGGCUGGAGCUAUUGGUCAAACAAUUGAGUGCGUCCCAUCACAGGAUUGUAGUAAUGGGGGACUUCAAUGCUAAGUCCCCGCUCUGGGGUGCGGCAGAUUGGUGUGGGAGGGGCAGGGUUUUAUACCAACUGGCGUCGAGCCUUGGGCUACGCCCCGUAAUAGCCGAAGGGGGCGUGACCUGUGAGAGGGGAGGGGGGUCGGUAAUUGAUUUCCUUCUUGGUAGUGAACAGGCGCUGAGCACCCAUGAUGCAUCGAUGGUCCUUGAUGAAUUUACGGCUUCUGACCACAGGUAUAUCCUGCACGAGUUUAGGGGUGACGGUACGGGGCUGCCGCGAGAUCAGGACCCCUUUAACCUGGGGAAGGGUAGGAUAGUUGAGGAUAGGCUCCUUGCCAGCCUUCUCAAGAGAUACGGUGACGAAAAUUUUGGGAAACUGGGAAGGACAGGUACCACAAAUGAGGUGGAUAAGUUCAUCGAAGAGCUCGAGAAGGCCGUCAAUAAGCACACUUAUUACAGUAGGGCGGUUCAGAGUGACCGCAAACCGGCUUAUUGGUGGACAGAGUCCAUCGCUGAAAUGAGAAGGCUGGUUAAUAAAAGCCGGAGGAAAUAUACCCGGGCAAGGGCAAAGGGCAAUGAACUGGACAUAGCAACUAAACAUGAGGAUUACAAGAAGGCUAGAAAAGACAUGGAUAGGGAAGUAAAAAAGGCUAAGAAAGUAAACUGGAGGGAGUUACUAAACGAAGUCGAUGGUGACAUAUGGGGGAGACCGUACAAGAUAGUGAUGAAACGGUUAAAGGGGAAGACGAACAAGCCUGACGUUAUGAGCCCGGGUGAGGUGGAGACGGUAGUGAAGAAUUUGUUCAUGUUGAAACCCCCUGUAGCACGGCCACCUGAAAGAAGUAUAGACAUUAAUGUAGUGAACGAAGAGGAGAUCGGGGAUACUUACCUAUCAGAGGAUGAUAGCGCGCAGGGACCUGAUGUAAAUGGUGGUGCGGACAUGGUGAGAGGAAGAGGGAUGGGGGCAGGGAGUGCCCAAGGAUACUUACCGACAUACUUACCUGUAGUUGGGAGGACCUCAGUGGGGGCUAGUGGGCCGUCUGACCCCCCGGACCCACCGGAAUUUCAUCGGAAUGUUGAGAGACCGGAUGUGAUUAGACCCGCGGAGAUUUUCCUACUAGCGAGGAGGAUGUCGGCUAAGAAGGCACCGGGCCCAGAUAGAAUAUCGUCAGCGGUGGCCAAAAAGUUCGCCAUGGGCGCGUCCAAAUGGCUCGCCCACAUAUUUACUACGUGUUAUAGGAGGGGUUAUUGGCCCACCCCCUGGAAGACGGGGAGGUUGGUUUUACUCCCUAAGGCGAAGGCGCAGGGUAUUGAGGAGAAGGCGUACCGCCCCCUCUCCAUUAUAUCGUGCCUGGCGAAGCUGCUAGAGAAAGUGGUUAAGAGCAGGAUCCUAACUGAGCUCGACAAAAAUGACCUAGCAGAUAACCAGUUUGGUUUUAGGAGAGGAAGGUCCACUCUAGAUGCGAUGAAGAAGCUGAGGAAACAUUGGGAGACUGCCAGAAGAGUGGGACGUCAUUGCCUGCUCAUUCUGCUGGAUGUGAAGAACGCAUUUAACACGGUCAGCUACUUGGAGGAUCGCUGGAUCAUGCUGGACACGAGAGACGAAACGCUAUGGUUCCAGGUAUUCGGAGGAGUACCACAAGGGUCGGUUAUAGGACCUAUCCUCUGGAAUCUGGUUUAUGACGGAUUAUUGCGUAUUAGACUUCGGAGGGACGUGUACCUGAUAGGAUACGCGGACGAUAUAGGUAUCGUCAUUAUCGACGAUGAUUUUGACAGGAUGGUGGGCGUGGCCGAAAGAACGAUAAGAGACAUGAGCGGCUGGUAUGAGUCAGAGGGACUUAAGCUCGCCCACCAUAAGACGGAGGCGAUCCUCCUGACGGGCCGCAAGGUGUGCGGAGGCCUCACAUUCAGGUGUGGCGACUCCGACAUAAGAACGAGCAGAACAGCACGCUAUCUAGGUUUGAUCCUGGAAAUGAACCGUGGGUACCGCGUUCACAUUGAAACAGCCUGUAACAAAGCGCUGAAAUACACCAAUAUCCUGGCACAACUUAUGCCAAACUUGAGAGGGGCUGGGAAUAUGGCGAGACGGCUCUACUAUAAAGUAGUGGAGUCGGUAAUUUUAUACGCGGCACCAUUGUGGGCCCCGGGUUUGGAACUGGGUGUUAACCGUAAAUUACUUAUUAGCACGCAACGGACGGCGUUAUUAAGAGUCGCGCAAGCAUAUAGAACAACGUCCGCGGAUGCCUUGUGUGUUAUUACAGGACAGAUCCCUAUAGACCUCCUGGUAAGGGAGAGAGAGAGAGUGUAUUAUAGGAGUAAGGAAUUGGGCCCUGCCAGGAUAGAGGGGGUGAGGGAUAUCAAGAAGGAGGAGCGAGAGGCCACCCUAGAGGCCUGGCAAAGCCGGUGGGCGGAGUCUAGCAAGGGUAGGUGGUCCUUUGCGUUGAUUCCCCGCCUUAAGGAAUGGAUAGGGUGGGGACCGAAGCUGUUGAGUUUUCAUAUGACGCAAGUUGUCACGGGCCACGGGUGCUUUGGCACAUAUUUACAAAAAAUUGGUAAGCAAGACCGCUCAGAGUGCUGGUUCUGCCCGGGAGAGGUGGACGACCCAGAUCAUUUCCUGUUCCAUUGCGUGAAGUGGAGGACAGAGAGGGCAGCCCUAUGCGCAGAUGUGGGCGUGGCACUGGACACUGGAAAUUUCAUCGACUCGUUGAAAGAACCCAGGAAAAGGGACAGGAUUAUCGGCUUUGUUAUAGGCUUAAUGAGAGAAAAAGAGGCCCACGAGAGGAACAUGGAAAGGGAGGCACGUGAGAGGAGAAGGCCACGUUCGACCACAUAG